UCCUCCCUGCUGUCUUACCCCUCCUUCAGGAGCACGCAGGCAGACGCCAGGCCGCAGGUACCCGCUGGCAUUCUCUGUCCUAGCAGAACAUGCAGUCCGUGUUGCUUUUCUGGCUCUGCGUGGCCAUGUGUGCCGGGGCCCCGGCUGUGGGUGCAGACCCUCCGCACGCGCCUGGAGAGACGGCCGGGAACGAGGCAGGCAACAUCACAAGCGCACCUACGACGGCGGCAGCAACGACACACUCAGAUGAGAUACUGAGAGAGAGGAGGGCAGACAAGAGCCCAAGAAAGAGCCUCUUCAGGAGGGCAGUGGCAGACACGCAGGCAGCUCUGGGGCGGAGCCAAGCAGCGUUGGGACGGACCCAGGCAGCAUGGGUGGAGCUAAAUGCAGUUAUGGACAGAAGAGGUGACGUUAUAAGUAAACUGAACAUGAUACUCAAGAAGCUCAUAGAGGAAAAGAAUCGCCUCCUGGACCUGGGUGAAGAGCCACUGAAAAGGAAGAAGAAAGAUGAUUCAGAAGAUGAGGAUGAAGAAGAUGAGGAUGACACUGAAGAAGAAGAAGAUGAAGAUGAAGGGGAAGAGGAAGAAGAGGCAGAGGGAGAGGAAAAUGAAAAUGAGGAGAAUGACGGUGCUAAUAACAGCACUGCAACCCGAGACGGCUUCACUGACCUGUUGCCAGAGGAAUGUCAAGUGGGAGGGGCUCGAAUUUCCUGCAAAGAGAUUGACAUGUCCCACCUUCCUAUCAUCACUGACCUGAGUAUUUCAAUACUCGAACUACCUGGAAACAACCUCACUAUGUUACCUUCCCGUGGUCUCUCUGGUCUGCCUAACUUGGAAGAAGUUGACUUGAGUCGAAACCUGCUGGGUGAUUCCUCCAUCAGCCCCAGCUUCUUCAUGAACCUGACAAAGCUGAAAAGGCUGACCCUUGAUGGUAAUAAUCUAGAGGAGAUUCCACACCUGCCACCAUCCUUGGAGGAGCUGAGGAUCAAUGACAACAAAAUCAACCAGUUGCUCUCUCACAGCUUCAAAGGUUUAUCCAAGCUGCUCGUCUUAGAACUGACAGGAAACAUUCUGUAUGAGGGCAGUGUUGAUCCCUGGACCUUCAAACCUCUAAUCAUCCUCAAACGCUUGAGAUUAGACAACAACCGUUUCGCCUCUAUCCCACCUGGACUGCCUCCAUCUCUAGAGGAUUUGAGGAUGGCACACAAUCAGAUGGUGGAAGUGCAGGACCGUGUUCUGAAUAAGUCUGUUCACCUGAGAGUCCUAGAUCUGAGUUACAACCUCUUGCAUGAGAAUAGUUUCUACCCUGGAGCCUGGAUCAACCUGCCGAUGCUGGAGGCCCUGGACCUGUCCUACAACCAGCUGUCGGUGGUCCCCUCGCACCUGCCUACUGUCCUGCGGCAGCUCUCUCUCCAGCACAACCGCAUCAGUGCCGUCCCAUCCUACGUGCUGAGCCACCUGCGCCCUGGCUUGCAGUCACUUCGCCUCUCCAACAACCAGCUGCAGGAGCAUGGGCUGCUGGGAAAGGCCUUCCGCGGUGCCUACCACACGCUCGUGGAGCUCCUCCUGGAUGCCAACAGGCUGGAGCGUGUCCCCUCCAACAUUCGCCACUUCAGGAGUCUGCAGCUUCUGCGGCUGGAUCACAACCAGAUCAGCUCUGUUCCAGUGAAGUCCGUGUGUAAGGUCAGAAUGACUGGAUACUCUCCCUUAGUGGCUCUUCACCUGGAGAACAACUACAUUGACGUGAAGCGUAUCCGGCCCGCUGCCCUCUCCUGCCUCCAGGACCGGCGCCGGGUGGUUCUGGAGCCCCAGACUCACAGCGAAGUCCUUUAGAGCCUCGCAUGAUGCUUGGACAUCCUUCAUAUUACCUCUGCUUCUUCUUCAGUUCCUUCCAUUGAAUGCUACAUUAAAAAUCACAGUCAUCUGAAUUAUUUAUACAGCUACUUGAUUUAAAAGCAUGACUUCAUUCUGUGUUCUCCAAGUGUCGGUUCUCUUUUGUAAGAUUUGAUGAUGUUUUUGUUGAUUGCAGGCCCUUGGCUUAUCUUCAGUCCUUUUACUCAUUCCAGUCUUCAUGCCAGUGCAGUGCUUUUGCUUGCUCAGAUAACAAGACUGUUAUUUUCUGAAAGGGGAUGUGCUGUUGCUAGUACUGUGCUGAUAUUGUGUCUCAUUGGCUGGAUGUGUGAAUGUCUAUAAAAUGGCUUUUCACAAAUGUGCAUCUGUUUGUUUCAACCGUGUGUCACGGCAUGCGUCAUGAUGAAGUGUCAAAUAACUCUGAUUUGCAUGUAUAUGAAUAAUCACCUGCAAUGCAGGGCCAUAAAGAGCAUGGAUACUAAAUAAUUCGGAAGUCAACCUGUAUAAUUGUUAUCUACAGCAGUUUAGCCAUCGCGAUAGCAUGAGGUUAGAGGCCACUUAUUUCAGUGACAUAAAAACUUUACACAGUUUAGAUUAGAAGAGGUGACGUCUUGCUAUCACAGGUGUAAAUGACAAGUAACUUCAGGCGGACUUAAGAAGCUUCACAUUAUUCAGUUUAAGAAGCUGCAGAGCUUAAAAAUCAAAGAAAAAAAAACCAUUAUGACCAUUCUUCUCAUAUCUCCUGAAGGUGCCUUCAACAUUCUCAGGUUAGGCACAUUGUGUAAUAAUGGCUUUGAGAAAGCUUCUGGGAAAUAUGUAAAAAACUGAUAUUUGUUCUUUUUUAAUAAAGAGUGA